CAAUCAGAACUUGAAUGACGUGCAGUAAGUUACCUACACUUUCCUUCAAACGUCAGCCAAUCUUGCACGUAGUUGUUUGUACCUCGCCAAAAGAACCUGCAUGGGCGGUCCGGUACCUCCGCGCCUCCUCCCCUCCUUGUACCUUCCAAAAGCUGCACGCGCUCUACGUACAGUAUUUUGCCAACAACCCCCAGCCGCCCGCGCGACCCCAGACCAAAGGCGUCCGUCCCCCCAUCCCCCAAUGCAGCCAGCAGCACCGUGCCCGCGCCCUAUCACAUUUGACAGUCGUUACUUGUGCUAUCUAUCUCUUGCCUCCCUCUGCCCACCGUGCGCCCACACCCUUCUCACCCUAAGUCCCAUUUCCCUCUUCUAUUUGUACCCAUGUACUCUCUUGCUCCAGUCCCAUCCACCAAAUCCCGAGCUUGCAUCCCUUCCAAUUCCACCCUCCCCGGAGCUUGUUGUGGGUUCGGUUCGUUCACCAGUCUCCCCGUCCCGCGCGCGCCGCCUCGAGCUUUGACGUACCCAUAUCCGAGCCCCGACCGUCAGACCGAUCGACCGAACGAGCAGGCGACAGAUAAUUAAGCCAGCAAGCAAGCCAGCGAAUCUAUCUGCCUUCCCUACUUGUUCGAGCCGUUUGCACCCCAUCAUAUACGUGACAGGUCACACCACUUUCCCGGCCAAGCAGGCUGAUUGCGGUCAGUGGCAGGACAUCACGUCCUGCCCCCCGUAGCUCGGGUCCAUCGCCUUGCAGUUGUUUCGCGGUUGGCCAACGGUCGAGUCUACCUUCCAACACCCCCGAUACGGUUCAUCGCCUCCCACCGGAUACGAAGGCUUCUUUGUCACCCGCUUGCCCGCUGCUGGUUGCCUCGUGUUUGGCUGUUGCCUUGUCUUGCCCCGAUUCCCGCGCUGUGCCUAGCGAGAAGUCGCAACUACUUGGUGCGCCGCAUCGUGCCCAGCACCUGGCCGUCUCGAUUUCAUCCCUACCCGCGUCCCUUUAUCCAGCCUGAGGCGUUGCCAGGGCUUGUGAAAACCGUCGGGAUACGUACCUCACUCGUUCCGUCCGCCUUGCGCGCGCGCACCACCCAAGCUGUUGCCUUAAUGCCCAAGCCCAAGAUGAGUAGGGCAGCCGAAGUUGUGCCGCCGCCACCGCAGCAGCAGCAGCAGCAGCAGCAGUCACAGCCAUGGGGAGCUCCGCAACACCCACAGCAUAUUCCAAAUAUACCCGGCACCAUUCAACCAAUGCAGGCCCACAACCAAUCACCAUUUGCUAACAACCCUUGGUAUAGCCCUCAAGGCCACCCGGGUUACCCCCAGGCAGACAUGUCCCGUCGCAAUGACCAACAGAUGGACUACCGCUAUACCACAGCCCCAUCACAGCAGGCCCAGCAGCAGCAGCCGCCUCAGCAGCACCACCCAGGCGCGGCACAGCCACCCAUGAAUGUUGCCCAACAGCAACAGCAACAACAACAACACCAGGCGCAGCAUGCACAGCAUCCCUCUAUGAUCCAGGGUCAACACCCACACCAGCAACAGCACGCACAGCCUCAGCCCCACCAGUCGCCGCAGCAGCAUAUCCAACAGCAUGGUAACGCCGUCCAACAGUCGCCUCAGGCGGUUCAACAGCAACAGCAGCCACAGGCGCAGGCUCCGCAGCAACAGCCCCCGACGCCCCAGCAGCAACAACAGCAGGUGACUCCGACUCCCGCUCCAGCUCCGGCUCCGACUCCCCGUCAGCGAAAGCGACCUGCCCCCUCGUCGAAGGCCGCCGCGGCCGCGGCCCCCGCUGCCGGCGCUACUAUGCCCAAUGCGCCGGCUGCAGGGGCACCGCCGCAAUCACCCGCAGUUUCCACUUCGGCAACCUCGGCCCCAUCCGCGCCGGCUGUAACGGCCAUCAAGCCACCACCCGCCGACGAGACAAAUGCUGCUCCGCAGCCUCCCCCCGCCAAGAAAAGUCGAACCAACACACCAUGGACGGCGGCUGAAGAGCACAUGCUGAAGCAGAUGAGAGACCAGGGACUCAGUUGGGCAGAGAUUGCAAAGUCAUUUCCGCAGCGCACCGAAGGGAGUGUGAAGAAGCAUUGGUACAAGGAUAUGCACUACGCAGAAUUCGCAGAGAACGAAAGUCAAGAUCUGCUUAACGCGAUCAAAGAAUACGAGUCGAAUAAGUGGAAGACGAUUGGCCAGAAGGUUGGCAAGCCUGCCAAGGCUUGUGAACAGUACGCCAAGGAACACUUUCCCGAACUGUUCCCUAACUCGGGCAAAUCGAGAUAAGCUUGUUCCCGGUAGUUCCAGACUUUUGCCAGCCAGCCCUCCGUUCUUCGGAUCUGGUUCACUCAUCUAUGGCAAACAGUCAACACUGUGUGCGGCAGAUAUAUCACCAAGCGACCUGGAGUUUUGCGUCGCCUGGAUGAGACAUUUGCCAUUACGGUCGACACUGUCGUUCUAAUACUAGCGAUACCCGGCACUAUCGCCAUGCUUUUGUUCAGUUUCACUUUUUUUAUACUGCGCUCCUAGAUAUAAGCUUGGUCAUGAUAUCUCACGAUAUGAGCUUGCUUCCGUAUUCGAAACUUUCGCCUUUAUUUGGAUCUAUGGUCCUGGGCAAAACUUCGAGUCUUUCUGGGUCGGUCUUCUUUGAAAAUUACUUUUCGAUUAGUCUUCGGAUUAGUCUUCGGAUUAGUCUUGUCCCCAGGGUCUUUGCAUAUCAGCCACGCAAGACUUGGUUACUUCACUUCUAUGAUAACGGCCUCACGCACUUUGUUGUUUAGUUACAAAGCGUUGGUUCAAAGUUUCUUCAGGGCCCAUCCUGGUUUCUUUUUAAUUUUGUUGAUUUCAUUGUCGAUCAUGGGUGUCCAGAACUGCUUGAUGGCGCACGCAGGUGGGCUGACUACUAUCAUGUAUCCUUGGAAGGCUGACGGGCACUGGGUUUGUGGGUUGGGAGUUGACCGACAGAAGACCGACAGACAAGGAGAGAGAUAGUGUGUUUUCAAUCUUGAGGCUGUGUUUGCAGGGCAAGUGGGGACCAUGUUAAAGGGGUUCGGUUCGUGGAGACAACAAUUUGUUUUGUGUGAUGAUACAAAAAUCUGCCGCAUCACGUGUCGCUUUGUUGUGUGAAGAGAGCUGAACCUAACCUACAUGGUUAUGACAACUGGGUUUGAGGAACACGAGGGAGAAGAAACAAGGAAGAUCUUUGACUUUGCGGCAAGGCUCAUUUAUCAAGAUACUGCCGAUAAUAAUUUUAGGGAGCACGAUGCAGUAGCAACGUAGACUUUCUAGGAUACGAUAAUCAUGAUUGAGCCUCAUAACAUGAAUGGAGUUGAACGCAGCUGGUCGUAACAGGUAAAAGAUCGUAAUUCCAAGUGUAUCAGUCAGUUAUCAGCU